UAUGCAGACCGAUUCGACGCCUCUCGAUCCUCGACUGGGGGCGAAUACUGAUCGUGCGGCCCAGUAUGACGAUAUACUGACCCAGUCAAUUAACGAGGGGACACCGGCGAACUCUAUGGCCCGUGUCAUGGUUCAUAAGGAAACAGAACGAACAGAGGGUCCUGGUCCUUUGUCAUACCUACCCUUUAACCAGCGGACAUCUGGAGGUGUCUUGGACCCGAUAAUGGCUACACUAUCACUCGUCGUAGCGGAGGCGGGAACAUUCGCGAACGUUAGAUGUCCUGCAUACAUAGCCGGGAUCCACAAAGACAAGAUGAAUGAGCUGUCGCUCCAACAAGGCAGCCUCAUCUCUGUCCGACGAAUUCAAAAAGGCCGCACGCGCACGACGGUCCUCCUGGCCGGCCCCGUAGCAGAUGGUUCAAGGGAGCAAAUCGAGUUGAAUGAACUUGCGCAGCAAAAUCUUGGGGUAGAAGUCGGUGAGACUGUCGUGGUGAAACACUGCCCGUCACGUCAGCUGGGAAAUUUGCUUUAUGCGAUACCCGUCGAGGACUAUCAGAUCGGAAGCAAGGCGAUGGGGGAACAAGUGCGAUCAUAUUUCAAGGAAGUUGCUGAAAUUUAUCUACCUUUCCAUGAGGGGGAUAUGUUCGUUGUUGACGAUAUGCGAUUCAAAGUCGCCAGGACGAUCCCUUCCAGAUUUUGCACCGUCACGGAAGAGACAAAAAUUGAAUUCGGAAUUGGUUACUGGGCUGUUGGUGGUUACAAGGAACAAAUUAAAGAGCUUCGCGAAUUCGUGGAGCCCCCACUUGCCAAUCCUCAAUUCUUCGAGGACGGCCUCAAUCCUUGCUACAGAUUUGUGCUACUCGUCGGCCCACACGGGAUCGGCAAACGAACCCUUGCUCAUGCUAUCGCCUGCGAGAACGGCGUGAGCUUCAUACCAAUUAGGGGCCUUGAUUGCUCCGGGAACAAGUUGAGACAAUGCUUCACGAACGCUAGAAAUAUGGCACCGGCUAUCAUUUUCAUUGACGACCUUGAGUAUAUAGGGGCAUACCUUCGAGAUUUACUCGUUCUCGUUGAUGAGCUCAAGGAUGCCCCAAAUAUUAAUGUUGUCGUCAUCGCCACUACCAGCCAACGAGACAAAAUUCCACCGCAAAUUCUACGCGAUACUAAAGUGACAGAGUUCGGGAAGCCUGACGCACGAAGCCGCUCGGAUAUUCUAAGCAUCUAUGCACGGAGAAUGGUCCAUAGCCUCAGCCCUGAUUUUCGUCACGAAGAGGAAGCUCUUCAUACUCUCCAUCCUCAUGAAGACGAUCGGUCCCAGACAGCCGCAACCACUUCUCAGGAGAUAUAUGAGCAACCGCAGGCCCAUAAAUCAUGGUUUCAGCUAUUGACGUGUUCACUCUUCAGUAUCGAGCAAGAAAAGAGAGUCGUUUCCACUGUCGAAACAGAGAAAAACGACCCCGAUUGGCAUGGUACUAGUCUUGCCGCUAGCACUUUGGUCCUCAGCAUGGUGAAGGAUGCGGCUUCUUGUGUGCCAGUUCCAUGCCUACAAAUAGCCGCAGCCACUUGCCUGAAGAUUGUUGAGAUCAUAGAGACGAUGGAGGAUAACAAAUUUCGACUCAAUGCCCUGGCGGAUCACUCAACGAAUGUCCUUGCAUUGAUCUGGAAUGCUUAUCAAAGAGAUGGAGGUGAUUAUGCUAUCUGGCCAGAGGACAAGUUAAUAGGGAUCAAGAAACUUGUGGAGUG